GUUUCGAGUGAGCUUCACAUUCGGUAGUACAUCCAACAAUACAAAAUGAAACUGUUCGUCAUCGCCGCUUGCAUCGCUGUCGCCGCAGCAGGCCGUCUGGAGCACCUGGAACGAGGCUACCUUCCACCAGACAGUUCCAACUCUCUCUCCGGAGGUUUUAACUCACACAGCGGAUCCCAUAACGGUUUCGGAUCUGGAUCUGGACAUUUCGGAGCCAGCGCUCGAGGAUCCCAGGGCUCCAACGCUUUCGGCCAUGGUGGAUCUUCUUUCAACAGCGGUUUUGACAGCCAGGGAUCUAAUGGAUUUGGAUCACACGGCGCAUCUAAUGGUUUCGGGUCCCACGGGGCAUCCAACAGUUUCGGAUCACAGGGUGCGUCCAAUGCAUUCGGAUCACAGGGGGCAACCAAUGGUUUCGGAUCCCACGGUUCGUCAAAUGGUUUUGGAUCACAGGGAGCGUCCAAUGGCUUCUCCUCUCAUUCGCACGGAUCUGGUUUCAAUUCCAACCAAGGUUUUGGAUCUAACAGUGCUUUGAAUGCCGCUGACUUGAAGCAAUACCUGCCCCCGGACCAGCCCUCAUCUGGUUCUCUCCAUGGCUUCUCCGGAUCUUCCAUCAAACCUGCCUGCUCAACCUGUGGCUUCGGACGCCAGCAAUCCCAGUACUCCCAGAACCAAUAUGCCCAGGCCCCCAGCACACAAUACGGUCAGCCCCAGUUCGGAUCCCAGCAGAACAACGCUUUCGCUGCAACCCGUUCUUUUGAAGCCAACCGUCAAUACCUGGCUCCUAAGUCCCAGGAGAUUCCUCAGCAACCCUUCGACGAACAGACAGGCUAUCAUUACUGAUGUGUUGUGUUCAUUGUAUAGUAUUAAAUGAUUGAAUUGUA